AUGCACUCAUCUCAGCAUCAUGCGCACUCUCCUCAGCCUCCUUCGCACUCCCCCCGCCCAUCACGAUCCCCCACGCCAUUAGUUAUGAAUGACCGUUACACGAUAUUCGAUCGUACCCCAUCACCAUCUGCAGCCUCAAUGCACUCCGCUGUCUCUGAAACCUCGGCACAGUCAGAUAUUCACGGAAACACACCAUCUCCGUUGCGAGAUGCCAUGGAAGAUGUUAUGACUUCAUUGGAAGAUAUGGGUCUACCUCGUGAGGCCCAGUCACCUUCUCCAUCUCCAAUGUUCAACAAUCCCUGGUCGCCUGAAGAAUUUGACACCUCGCACGAAAGAACCCCCCAAGGAAACAGACGCCGGCCUUUGACGUCAAUGGGCUUUGAUGGCGAGAAAGAGCAACCACAGGGCGGACUUGUCCACCGCAACAGCGUUUAUAGCCAUGACCAUAUGGAUGGUCCGCCUCAACUAAACAACUAUGUCCAAAGAAUGGAGAGCCGCCUACGUCAGUUGGAAGAUCAGAAUCGAUCGCCUGAGGAUCGAAGAAGCGCCCAGGACGACGACAACGGACCUCCUCCCCCUCCUCCGAAACAUGCCACCUACCACCCACGAAAUAACUCCAUACCAGGACAAUAUGCGCCCCUCAAGGCCCGGCGUUCCGGCCAUGAUCUCCGGGGUGACAUUCUCAACCGGUCUUUUACCAAUAAGUCUAGUGCCACCAAUUCAUCUAGUGGGGUGCAAAGUAAUGGCACAUCCAUGACGACGAGCACAGACAAGACCAGUCAAAGUGUUAUGAGUGGUUUCUCUGCGGGAGGAUUUAGUGCGACGAGCGCGGGAAGCUUUGCUAGGCGAGGCGGGCAUGAGAGGCCAAAUACUGCUAUGGACACUGUGCGCUCUCGAGGGUUUAGUGACGUACGCCCGGAGACUCCUUUCACUGGUGUUUCAUAUCACUCAAGUCAUAACUCGUCUCGCCAGGGUGCAUCGUCAGCUAUUCCGUGGUCGUCCACCGGUCUUGACUCGACGGAUCAUAGCGGAGUCUUUGGUGGCCUCUCUACGCCAAAGAGCAAAAAGCAAGGGUUUUUCAAAAAGAUAUUUGAAACAGCCAAGACUGGUGCGGCCAGCGCGAGGAGUAGCAUUUCGGUUGGCCACGGCGAGAGAUCAGGUUCUCCAACCAAGAGUAUCAGAGGGAUAGACGUUGUGUCACCGGCUCUUGCAUCUCACUCAAAUCGUGAUAGUGGCCGUGAUAUGGGACUCGGAGCUGGCGCCAUUGACUGGGUUCAGGUGCGCCGAGACGUUAACCGGGCGUCAUCUCCUAGUCGAAACGAGAGGAUCGACAGGGCAGAACGAUGUCAAAUGAUGGAUCACCCUGUUAUCUACUCCGUGGAAGAACUGUACGAUACCGCGGAGGGCGAUGAGAGCAUCGAUGGGCAACCGAUCACCGAGCCAACGAACUUCCAUGGAGCUAAUCUUAACCUCGUUGAUAAGAGUGCACGAUUCAUCAGCAGUCUACCCCCUAUGACGAACCCCAUGAGCCUCGCGCAAGCCUAUAUCUGCCGACCCUACAAGAGUGACGUUCAGCGUCUUCGGGCCAUCUUUACCUGGGUUAGCGAGAAAAUCUCGUGGGAGGAACCUGUCGACGGCCUCGAAGUUGAUAUGAAGAGACUCCUACAGGCCAAACGAGGUACCCCAGAGGAAAUUGCACUAUUGGUACACGAGAUGUGCGCAGCCGUUGGCCUGCAUACAGAAAUUAUCCGAGGUUUCCUUAAGAGCCCCGGUGAUGCGCUCGAUCUAGAAAGUCUCUCCCGUCCCAAUCACUGGUGGAACUCUGUUCUCGUGGAUGGUGAAUGGCGCUUUAUGGAUUGCGCACUUGCAAAUCCCACGAACCCUCAACGCAGUAAAUUCGUUUCCAACAACUCUUCCGUAGCGGAGAGCUGGUACUUCCUUACGCGCCCGCUUGAUCUCUGCUACACUCAUGUCCCGCUCUAUCCGGAAGAACAGCACAUCUGCCCGCCAAUUUCGCCAGAUGUUCUCCUCUCCCUGCCUACUGUGUGCCCGCCAUACUUCAAGCUUAACGUCCAGAUGCCGGAUUACGACACAAGCUUCCUCCGUAUCGACGGAUUGGAGGUCAUGCAACUACGCAUGCUAGUCCCUACGGAUGUUGAAUGUGCCGCGGAAGUCGAAGCCCCGGGGUUCGCCCGCGACGCAGAUGGCGAUUGCUUCGAAAGCGGAGACAUUGUGCGCAAGCGCGCCUUGGUCCAGCCGGACUGGAUCCGCGGCCAAAAACGCAUCACAAUCAAGGCUGUCCUGCCAGGCGACGAAGGCCAAGGUGUGCUGAAGAUUUAUGCAGGCAAGAAGGGACUCAUGCACUCAAGUCGAGAUAUUCCCCAUCCCCUAGCCUUGGCCCUACCAAUACUCCACACCGGCGAAAAUCCAUCUUACGACUUUGUCCUGCGUCAUCCUACACCCCAUGCUCAGCGACAUGACUUGUACAUCAUGCAGCCACAGUGCUCUCGUCUGGCAGUCAACAAUACAUUUGUGUUCGCUGUCCGGCAACAUCCUGCUGCUCCUGGGUCAGGCAAGGACGAGGCCUCUAAUGGCCGCGGCUCGCCUUCGUCCGUCUUCACUCGUCCAUCCAGUGCAUUGAGCAUGGUGUCCAGUACAGCAGGCGGCUCGACUGUAUCGGGUGCUUCCAAUGAGUUCUCGGCGUCGACCUCGGUCAUUUCGUCGGGCAGAUCUACUUCUGGACGGGAUAAGGCUGCGAAAUUAGCGAUCCAGUCCCCGUCUGGCAAGAUUCUUCGUCUCACCCGUAAAGCUGAGCACAUGAUCGGCAGUGAUACCGGUACUGAAUCUGUCACUGAUGCCGUUGCUGAGGGUAGUGUUUGGGAGACUGUUAUUAAGAUUGGUGAGCGUGGUAUGUGGCGCGGUCUUGUGCUAGCUGACCGAGCUGCGCGCUGGUGUGUAUUUUGCGAGUGGGAAUGUGUUUGA